ACCCCCCCCCCGAGCAGUGGCGACAUGGACGCCGACCACCGCGCCAUGGAGCCCCAGUCCGAACGGUCUCCCAAGAGGGAGGAGAUUAAUCAGCAGACCGAAGCUCCGGUGAAUCCGACAUCGACCGCCUCUUCCACCUUGAGCUCGUCCCAGGAUAGCCUCGAUGGCGGCCGGUGGGGCGAGCAGGAACAGGGGGAGCCCGUUUCUCGCCGCGGGGCGAUGGAGGAUCUGGAGGAAAUGCGCCGGGAAUUGACCCGACUCAGCCAGACCCGAUCGGCCACCAGCAAGACCGCCAGUCGGUUCAAGUCGCGCGCCAGCCAGCCUCGAGACGAGGAAAAGGGCGACGAGGCCUCGUCCAAUACCGAGGUGGAAAGCGAUUUUGAUCUCGGCGAAUUCCUGCUGGGCGGCCACCUGGAGCGCCGCACCACUGCUGGAGAGCCCGCGAAAAGGAUCGGGGUGGUGUUCAAGAACCUGACCGUGCAGGGCGUGGAGACUGGUGCCUCGUUCGUGCGCACGCUGCCCCAUGCCGUUGUGGGCACCUUCGGCCCGGAUCUGUACAACAUCGUGUGCCGAUUUGUGCCGCAGCUUCGUUUUGGGAAGAAGCCGCCGAUUCGGGAUCUGAUCCAUGACUUCAGUGGCGCCGUGCGCGAGGGUGAAAUGAUGCUGGUGCUGGGCCGCCCUGGCGCCGGGUGUACGACUUUCCUCAAGGCGAUCGCGAAUAACCGCGAUGCCUUUGCCGGGGUCAACGGUGAAGUCAGCUAUGGUGGUCUCUCGGCUGAGGACCAGAACCGACACUUCCGUGGCGAAGUGAACUACAACCCGGAGGACGACCAGCACUUCCCGGCGCUCACGGUUUGGCAGACUCUGAAGUUCUCUCUUAUCAACAAGACCCGCAAACAUGACCGUGAUAGUAUUCCCAUCAUUAUCGAUGCCCUGCUGAAAAUGUUCGGCAUCGGCCACACCCGGAACACUUUUGUCGGUAACGAAUACGUCCGCGGUGUGUCUGGUGGUGAGCGGAAGCGUGUCAGUAUCGCCGAGACCCUGGCCACCAAGUCUUCGGUGGUUUGCUGGGAUAACUCGACGCGUGGUCUCGACGCCAGCACCGCCCUGGACUACGCCAAAUCGCUGCGCAUCAUGACCGAUGUGAGCAAGCGCACUACGUUUGUUACCUUGUACCAGGCCGGGGAGAGCAUUUAUGAGCUCAUGGAUAAGGUGAUGGUGAUUGACAAUGGCCGCAUGCUCUACCAAGGCCCCGCGAACCAGGCGCGAGAGUACUUUGUCAACCUGGGAUUCGACUGCCCCGAGCAGUCGACCACUGCUGAUUUCUUGACUUCGCUCUGUGACCCCAAUGCCCGCCAGUUCCAGCCCGGUCGCGAAGCAUCUACUCCCAAGACCGCCGAGGAGCUUGAGGAAGUCUUCAGGAAGAGCAGUUCCUAUGAGCACAUCUGGGGCGACGUCUGCAGCUAUGAGAAGCGCCUUCAAGACACUGAGCAGGAGGACACCCGCCGGUUCGAGACCACGGUUGCCCAGUCCAAGAGCAAAACGGUUUCCAAAAAUUCCCCCUAUACUGUCUCUCUGGUGCGCCAGGUCAUGGCUUGCGUCCAGCGCGAGUUCUGGCUGCUCUGGGGUGACAAGACGUCUCUCUACACCAAGUACUUCAUCAUUAUUUCCAAUGGUCUGAUUGUCGCCUCGCUGUUCUACGGAGAAUCCAUGGAUACAAGCGGCGCCUUCUCGCGUGGCGGUGCCUUGUUCUUCUCGCUUUUGUUCCUGGGUUGGCUGCAGUUGACUGAACUGAUGCCCGCGGUGUCUGGCCGUGGUAUCGUCGCCCGGCACAAGGACUACGCCUUCUACCGCCCAUCUGCUGUCUCGAUCGCCCGUGUGGUGGUGGACUUUCCGGCCAUUUUCUGCAUGGUCGUACCAUUCACCAUCAUUGUUUACUUCAUGACAGGUCUGGAUGUGACUGCUUCCAAGUUCUUCAUCUACUUCCUGUUCGUGUACACGACCACCUUCUGUAUCACCUCGCUGUACAGGAUGUUCGCUGCACUUUCGCCCACCAUCGAUGAUGCCGUCCGUUUCGCCGGUAUUGCCCUGAACCUGCUCAUUCUGUACGUCGGCUAUGUCAUUCCCAAGCAAACUUUGGUCCACGACUCGAUUUGGUUUGGAUGGCUUUUCUAUGUCAACCCCAUCUCGUACAGCUAUGAGGCGGUCUUGGCCAACGAGUUCUCCGAUCGUCUCAUGCACUGUAACCCCUCGCAGCUGGUGCCCCAGGGCCCUGGCGUCGACCCGAAAUACCAGGGCUGCGCUUUGACUGGAUCUCAAUUGGGCAGCACGUCUGUCCCUGGAGCGCAGUACCUGAAGGCCAACUUUGAAUUCACCCGGGAUCACUUGUGGCGGAACUUUGGUGUGAUCAUCGCCUUCACUGUGCUGUACAUCCUGGUCACUGUCGUCGCGGCCGAGGUCCUCUCGUUCGUUGGUGGUGGCGGUGGUGCACUGGUCUUCAAGAAGUCCAACCGCAGCAAGAAGCUCGCCAGCCAGCCGAAAGAAACAAACGACGAAGAGAAGGUGGCCAAGCCAGAUGACAAUGCAGCUCUGGCCCGCGGGGAUGGAUCAUCAUCGGAUAACGAGACAGCCUUCAACCGCCUUUCCUCCAGCGAACGGUGCUUCACCUGGUCGAACGUCGAGUACACGGUCCCCUACGGCAAUGGAACACGGAAGCUCCUGAACGAUGUUAACGGUUUUGCUAAACCCGGAGUCAUGAUUGCGCUGAUGGGCGCAUCGGGCGCCGGGAAGACGACGUUGCUCAACACCCUGGCACAGCGCCAGAAGAUGGGUGUCGUCAGUGGAAGCAUGCUCGUUGAUGGUCACCCGCUGGGACCUGAUUUCCAACGGGGAACUGGUUUCUGUGAGCAAAUGGACCUGCACGACAACACUUCGACCAUCCGGGAAGCCUUUGAGUUCUCGGCGAUCCUCCGCCAGCCGCGUGAGGUUUCGCGCCAAGAGAAGAUCGAGUAUGUCGACCGGAUCAUUAACUUGUUGGAGCUUGAGGAUAUCCAGGACGCCAUUAUUGGCUCCCUCAACGUCGAGCAGAAGAAGCGAGUCACCAUCGGUGUGGAGCUGGCGGCCAAGCCUAGUCUUCUUCUCUUCCUCGACGAGCCUACCAGUGGUCUUGACAGCCAAGCUGCCUUUUCCAUCGUGCGAUUCCUCAAGAAGCUGUCGCAGGCAGGCCAGGCCAUCGUCUGCACGAUCCACCAGCCGUCGUCGAUGCUGAUCCAGCAGUUCGACAUGAUCCUGGCGCUCAACCCGGGUGGCAACACCUUCUACUUCGGACCCGUCGGCAAGGACGGAUCGGCGGUGACCAAGUACUUCGGAAAACGCGGAUUCGAGUGCCCGCCGAGCAAAAACGUUGCCGAGUUCAUUCUGGAAACGGCGGCCAAGGCCACGCACCGAGACGGCAAGCAGGUGGACUGGAACGAGGAGUGGCGCAACUCGGACGAGAACCGGGCAAUGCUGGAGGAGAUCGAGCGCAUCAAGACGGAGCGCAGCAAAGUCCCCGUCGAAGAGGCGGGCGGCUCGCAGUACGAGUUCGCGGCGCCAACCUCGGUGCAGACCGAGUUGCUCAUCAAGCGGCUGUUCCUCAACUACUGGCGCGACCCGUCGUACUACUACGGCAAGUUGUUCGUCAGCGUGAUCAUCGGUAUCUUCAACGGCUUCACUUUCUGGAUGUUGCCCACCACGGUGGCCAGCAUGCAGGACCGCAUGUUCUCGGUGUUCCUGAUCAUCCUGAUCCCGCCCAUUAUCAUGAACUCGAUCGUGCCCAAGUUCUACAUCAACCGCGCCCUCUGGGAAGCGCGCGAGUACCCCUCGCGCAUCUACGGCUGGGUCGCCUUCUGCACGGCCAACAUCGUCUGCGAGAUCCCCGCCGCCAUCGUCACAGCCCUGAUCUACUGGGUGCUGUGGUACUACCCGGUAGGACUGCCGACGGACUCGUCAACAGCGGGCUACGUGUUCCUGAUGUCGAUGCUAUUCUUCCUGUUCCAGGCCUCGUGGGGCCAGUGGAUCUGCGCGUUCGCGCCCUCGUUCACGGUCAUCUCCAACAUGCUGCCCUUCUUCUUCGUCAUGGUCAACCUGUUCAACGGCAUCGUCCGCCCCUACGCCGCCUACCCGGUCUUCUGGAAGUACUGGAUGUACUACGUCAACCCGGUGACCUGGUGGCUGCGCGGCGUGCUCUCUGCCAUCCUCCCGCCCGUCCAGAUCAAGUGCGCGCCCCAGGAAGCCACCCACUUCGACCCGCCCCCGGGCUACACCUGCAACGCCUACGCCGGCGACUUUGUUCGCAACUUCGCUCGCGCUGGAUACCUCCACGACCCCGAUGCCACCAAGGACUGCCAGUACUGUCCUUACUCUGAUGGCUCCGAGUACAUGCAGAACCUCAAUGUCCAUGCCGGUGAUAAGUGGCGCUGCUUCGGCAUCUUCCUUGCCUUUGUCAUCAUCAACUGGAUGCUCGUCUACUUCUUCAUUUACACCGUCCGUGUCCGUGGCUGGAGCUUCGGCAUGGGCUAUGUGUUUGGCUUGUUGGGUCUGUUGAUCGAGGCUGUGAAGAGCCCGUUCAAGGGGAAGAAGAAGUCGAGUGAUUAA